AUGUGUUUGAAAGCUGUAUUGCCACUUGUAAAAUUUCUACGAAUGGUGGAUUCCGAUGAGAACCCAGCUAUGGGAUUUAUCUAUGAAUUGAUGGCCCAAGCUAAAAACCAAAUCAAGGAAAAUUUUAACAAUGUUGAAAGAAACUACAAACCAAUCUUAGAUAUUGUUGAUGAGCGUUGGGAGAAUCAACUUCAUAAGCCCCUCCAUGCAGCAGCUUAUUUUUUAAAUCCACAAUUUCAAUAUAAGCCUGAUUUUCAAGCCAAUGCUGACAUUAAAAUAGGCUUAUAUAAUUGUCUGCAAAGAAUGGUUUCUGAUCCGGACGAAAGAAUGAUGAUUGAUUUACAAAUGGAUGCCUUUAAAAAUGCCAGAGGGCUUUUUGGGUUGCCUACUGCUGUGAUGAGAAGAACAAAAAAAAACUCCAGGUUUGUAUUUUUAGCUGACUGGUGGGAUUCAUAUGGGGAUGAAUGUCCAGAGCUUAAAAACUUUUCCAUAAGAAUUUUAAGCCUCACUUGUAGUUCCUCGGGCUGUGAACGAAAUUGGAGUGCAUUUGAAAUGGUUCAUACAAAGAAAGGAAAUCGAUUGCAUCAACAAAAAAUGAACGAUUUGGUUUUUGUGAUGUAUAAUUUGAAAUUAAAGCGAAGGCAUGAGAAACGAGCAAGCAAGCCAAUCACACAACCAAUAGUUUUGGAAGAGUUGCCGUCUGAUGAUGAGUGGAUAGCAGAGGUAGAAGAACCUGUUCUUCCAACAAAUGCUGCAUUGUUCACUAAUCUUGAUAGAGCAGCUAGGAGAUUUGCUAGAAAAGCUACAAGAAAUGGAGAUGGAAUUCAUGAAGACCAUGAUGAUGAAAUCGAUGAAGUAACAAAUUUGAGCGACAAUGAUGAUGAAAAUCAUGAGAUUGCAGCAACUUAUAUAGGCUCAAAUGAUUUUAAUGAUGAUGAUGAUUUCGAUGAUGUCAACAACUUUGAAAAUGAGCCAGCUAGUACAGGAGGAACUGAUGUUAGAAGUGAUGAUGUUGAUUAUGGCAAUUUGAGUUUUGGAUAUGGUGAUUGA